AUGCCUGGUGGCUUAGAAGAACGAUAUAUUAAACUUGCAGUCAUCAGCGGAAAGAAUGUGAAGUUCCUUCUGAGCGCUUUCCCACAGGCAUUUACGCAUCGGCAGGGGGAGGUCAUCGGGCAACUUAAAACGUUGUGGGAUGAGAUGCUCGAUCAUGGAGAUGAGCCAUUCGGUUCUGGUGUUCACGGUUCCGUCACGUGUUGUACAUGCUUGCGACGAGCAGGACAACGCAUCCGAUACAUUGCUCAAGACACAGAUGCGGGCCACACACGAUUUGCUGAAUACAUGACGAGCAGUGCGGUCCCUCACCUGAACGAUAGCACCUAUGAUGAUUUGGCCCAUGGUGAAAACUAUCGUAUUCCAGCUGGGACUAUGGUAUUCGGCAACCAUUGUCACUGCCUUGGGCCUAUCUCUCGGGAUUCAGAUGUCUACCCGGAGCCUUAUGCGUUCAAGCCACAACGCUUUGAAUGA